UCUUUCCAGGCAGACAUCUUCUCGGGGGCCAUAUUCAUCAAUCUGGCCUUAGGCCUGAAUCUGUAUUUGGCCAUCUUUCUCUUAUUGGCAAUUACUGCCCUUUACACAAUUACAGGGGGCCUGGCGGCAGUGAUUUACACGGACACCUUACAGACGGUGAUCAUGCUGGUGGGGUCUUUAAUCCUGACUGGAUUUGCUUUUCAUGAAGUGGGAGGCUAUGACGCCUUCAUGGAAAAGUACAUGAAAGCCAUUCCAGCCGUGGUUUCUGAUGGCAACACCACCUUUCAGGAAAAGUGCUACACUCCGAGGGCCGACUCAUUCCACCUCUUCCGAGAUGCCCUCACGGGAGACCUCCCGUGGCCUGGGCUCAUCUUUGGGAUGUCCAUCCUUGCCCUGUGGUACUGGUGCACAGAUCAGGUCAUUGUGCAGCGCUGCCUCUCAGCCAAGAAUAUGUCUCACGUGAAGGCCGGCUGCACCCUGUGUGGGUACCUAAAGCUGCUGCCCAUGUUCAUUAUGGUGAUGCCAGGAAUGAUCAGCCGCAUUCUGUACACAGACAAAAUUGCCUGUGUCGUCCCCUCAGAAUGUGAGAAAUAUUGCGGUACCAAGGUUGGCUGUACCAACAUUGCCUAUCCAACCUUAGUGGUGGAGCUCAUGCCCAAUGGACUGCGAGGCCUGAUGCUGUCAGUCAUGCUGGCCUCCCUCAUGAGCUCCCUGACCUCCAUCUUCAACAGCGCCAGCACCCUCUUCACCAUGGACAUCUACACCAAGGUCCGCAAGAGAGCAUCUGAGAAAGAGCUCAUGAUUGCCGGAAGGGAAGGCUCCUUGGAGCAGCGGGAGCUGGAAGAAUUUGAAGUUGGAGAGGGAAGACAUAACAUUCAAGGAGCCUUCUGGGGACUGAUCCUAGGAUUUCUGGUUGGGAUUUCACGUAUGAUUACUGAGUUUGCUUAUGGAACCGGGAGCUGCAUAGAGCCCAGCAACUGUCCCACGAUUAUCUGUGGGGUGCACUACUUGUACUUUGCCAUUAUCCUCUUCGCCAUUUCUGUCAUCACCAUCGUGGUCAUCUCCCUCCUCACCAAACCCAUUCCGGACGUGCAUCUCUACCGUCUGUGUUGGAGCCUGCGCAACAGCAAAGAGGAGCGUAUUGACCUGGAUGCAGAAGAGAACAUCCAAGAAGUCCCUAAGGAGACCAUUGAAAUAGGUGAUUUAUGACCUAGAGCAGAUCCUAAACCAUAAAAGUUACUCCUACAGCAACAAGACAACUUUACUGAAGCCCUUCCCUAAAUGACUUUAACAGAGCUCAGAUGUCCCCCUUCCAGGGCAGUGAGGAGCAGGGUGGGGAUGAGAUGGAUAAGUGGGUUUGAGGAAGUUAACUCUGAGUUCAAGGGGAGGAAAGGGUACAGAAUCAUUCAAGCUCCCUGACCCCUCAUAUUUAAAAAAAAUUUUGUGGGUACGUAGUAGGUGUAUAUAUUUAUGAGGUACAUGGGGUGUUUUGAUGC